AUGGAGAAGGUCCAAGUCGAGGAUGCGAGAUGGAAGAAGGAGGAGAUACAAGAGCUGCAGCAGAGGAGCCGCGGCAUGCUCCGAAUCGUAGCAGCUGGCAGCUCUGGUCGCAGCACAGCUGUGCAGGCUCCCGAAGAGACGCAGUCCGAAGUCAAGCUCCUUCGGGCGGAGCUACAGGAUCAGAUGGCCCGCUACAAGCGCGAACUCGCUUUCUGCAAAAAGUCUGUUCAUGAGCUUUCGAUUGAGCGCACCAAGUCCGAGGCAUCUAUGUCGCUGGCACACGAGGCCGCUUCCGAGAACAAGUUGGCGGAGAGAAGCUGUCAGAUGCGGUGGCAAAGUGAGCACCGGAUAUGGUCCGAGGAGCGCCGACGGCUCAAAACAGCCCAUCAAAGGCAUCUUCAGGAAGAGCUGGACAAGUUUGAGCAGUUCAGGCACCGAAUGUCGCAGGAAAUGGCUUCGUCCAGGCGAAAGCUCGAAGGAGAGGUUCGAGAAGCCAGGCAACGGCAGCGAACAGUGGAGGGCAAGCUGAAACACAUGGAGGAAGCGGAGGAGGCUCGUGCCCUUACAGCCGGCGAAGUGGCCGAGGCCCAAAUGCUGGAGGAGAAUGAGGUGCAGCACUUGAGGGAGCUGCUGCGCCAAUCACAAGAUGAAGUGCUGGCACAGCAAGCGGAUGCACGUCGUCAGACAGAUGCUGCUUCGAAGCUGCAGGAUGCUUUCCGCCUCGAAUUGGUGGCUGCUGCAUCUGCUAGAGAGGCACUGGUCGGGGACUGGCACUCGCAGAAGCGUCAGCUCCUCCAGGCCAUGGCGGUGGACCGAAGAGCUCAGGAGGAGGUGACCGACCGUGAGGCAGCUCUGGCAGAAAAGGCAGCGUUCGUUGCAGCAGAACGAGCACUUGAAGUACGACGCCUGCAGGGCCUGCGAGAGGAAGAUCGGAUCGAGUCCCAAAGGCUUCGUGAGGACCUUGCUGCUGCGCUGGACGCUGCCAAACAUGCGAGGCUGCUGCAGAGCGCCUCUGCGGAUGUGAGGAAGUUGGACAGUGAGCUGAGCCGGCAAAAGGAGAUGAGAGAGGAAGACAUGGCACAGCUCCACUCCGCCUGUGAGGAAUCCUUGGAAGGCUUGCCCCUGGAAUUCUAUCAAGAGCUGCGCUCGCAAUCUGGAGAUGAUGAUCAAGUCCCGACUGUAACUCGGUAUGGCCACAUCCUUCAGGCCGUGGGAGGGUGCGUCAAGACGCUCCUGCGGGAAAACAUGCAGUUACAAGAGGCGCAGCGAUCUACUUUGGGGGCGCCUUCUCUGACACAGUCAAGUGAUUCUGCUCUGUCACUGGGGAACUUGGCCCUGACCCCUCUAAGCAGCUGUGCAUUUGACCAGGAUUCCAGUUUAGACGGGCGAGGCCAGGACCGCAAGAAAACGCUGUCGCCCAUGGCCAGGAGAGCACAUGACCGUCGCAGUGAUGCACCAGAGCUUUCUCGGCAAGUUUUCGCUGCGCAUCGCGAACUCGCACAUUCGCGUGAGGAGGUUCGACAGUUCAUGGUGCAGCGAGACUUGGAGCGCGAGAUGAAUGCCCGAAAGUCUAGUCUCGAAGGGAUGAGAACGCAGGAGCUAAGUGACCAGAACAAAGAGUACCUGGCCGAGAUCAAGGUUCUGCAAGAGGAAGUCCGUUCGAGACAGGAGUACUGUGAUCUCAAUCUGCCGGCGACAGGUCGUGCAGCUCCGGGAACAGCCGGGCUGGUUGGGGAGGACGUGAGGACACGCAGCAACGGCCAGGAUGGCCGCAACCCCGCAAGCUUGUCCGUGGCUGGCAGCUGGCAGGGAGCUGCCCAAGUGCCAGCCAACGUAAGGCUGAGCCCGGCAAGGGCGUGCGACGAGAUUCCUAAGCCUCGGUGGAGGAGAGACUGGUCGGGUCGAGAGAGCCCUGAGACAGAAAAGCCCAUAGACAAGUCGGCAAUUGGUGUACCACCGAGCUGGAGAAACAGAGCCAAGCACGAACCUCUCCACACGAUAGAUGAUAAAGAUCGAACAGACGGGCUACAGGCAGAAAUGGCAAGAGGCGUCAAUGCAACAACAUUGUACAAGGCGUUUAGCUGCGCUGAGCAGCUUUGCGAAAGGCAGCACUACAGAGAUGCCUUGCCGCUGCUUCAAGAGGUCGCUCAGUACGGUGACGGAAACCCAGAGAUAUUUGGUGCCAAGAUGAGAUUGUCAGAUGUGUGGGCAUACAUAGGUGUGGCCAGUCAGGCAGAGGGUCUGACGGAGCAAUCCGUGGAGUCAUACCGCAAGGCCAUUCGCGAGGACCCUUGUCUGCACGUUUGCCAUGCGAACUUGGCAUCGCUCCUGUCAUUCCAAGACGAACAUACCGCAGCGGACCACCACAUGAGCAUGGCGCUGGCAAUUGACCCUCAGAACCAAGCUUAUGCCAAGCUGGCACUCGAAUUGCGGAGUGCCCAAGCAAGCAGUGGAUAA